UAAAAUGUACACGUAGGAUUUUCCUUAACUAUCUGGUUCAUUCUCGUUAACCUGUCCGUAUGCGGUACAGGAUAGCUAGUGGCUGAAGAACCAGGAUAGCGUAGCGUGGGUUUUGCUAACAGACUGUUGCCCGAUGAUUGUCUUUCAAGAAUAAUUAAUGAGCUUCCCAGUUAAUUGGGAACUAGCGAUUCUGGAUUUGAAGAUGGGAAGAUUGAAACUGGUGGAUUAGGCAUGGAAUGUGCUCUCAAGAGUUGAGCCAUGGGGCUCUCUGAGGCUAUUCGCCUCAACCUUGCAUCUUCUUUCCCUCAUUAUUGCUACAAGUCAUCUUCACUGAGGCUCAACCAGAAGAGGAAGACUCCGGCUUUUUCGAUAACCACUAGGAGAAAGGGCCAUUUUUUACAGAUUGCUAGAUCAGUCUUAAACAACACGUGUUCAAGUAUCAGCGACAAUGGAACAACUGAACCCACAAGAGUUCUUCUUGAGAGAUUGUUUGCAGAGACACAGAAACUGGAAAAACAAAUUAACAAAGACACUGAUUUUGCCGAGGGGGUUCAACCAGGAAUUGACCUUGAAAUUCUGGAAUCUGAUCUUCGUGCUGCAUUGACAGCUUUGAAGAAAAGGGAAGACGACUUGCAGGAUGCAGAAAGGAGAUUCUUGUUGGAGCACAGUGAACUAAGUUGUGCAAAGGAGGGGUUAGAACAAAGAGAGAGAGAACUUGCUACUGCUCUUUCCAAGCAUCAAAGACUAGAAGAGGAACUAAAGCAGGUAAAUCUUGACUUAGUUUCUAAAACAAGGCACAUUGAAGAGUUAAAACUUCAGCUUAAGGAGAGAGAUGAGGAGGUUGCUGCUAUGCAAUCCACGCACGGUUCAAAAGAAGAUGAGCUUGAUAGGAUGAAAAAUGAACUGCAAAGAAAGAGUGAGGAAGCUGCUAGGACUUAUACUGAGCUUGAAUUUAAGGUUCGGCUUCUUAGUGAAGCUAAUGAAGUCGUGAAGAAGCAAGAAGUUGAAAUUCAAACACUUCAGAGAACCAUCCAAGAAAAGGAAGAAGAGCUGGAAGUUUCUUUGACUCUGAGGAAACUUGGAGAGGAGAAGCUUAUGGUUUCAGAGGCCAAUUUGGAGAAACAAACAAUGGAGUGGUUAUUAGCUCGUGAAGAGCUAAAGAAAUUGGCAGAAGAAGUGUCUGAGCACAUGGGAGAAGCUAAUGAAACUUUAGAAGAUUUCAGAAGAGUGAAGAAACUUCUUACUGAUGUGAGGUCUGAGCUGGUUUCUUCUCAGAAAUCUUUGGCAUUGUCUAGACAGCAAAUGGAGGAGCAUGAGCAGCUGCUGAAAAGGCAAUUGGAAGAACUUGAAGAGCUGAAGAUAAGUGUAAUGUCAUACAUGACAAGUUUGAAAGAUGCUCAAGUUGAAGUUGAGGGCAAGAGAGUUAAGCUCAGGGUUGCCGAGGCUCGCAACAAAGAACUUGAACAGGAUUUAUCCAUGGAGAAAGAGCUUGUAGAAGAAUUACAAAAGGAGCUGACGAACGAGAAAUCUUGUCUGGAACAGGCAAUUCAGGAGACAUCUUCACUUAAAGAGAAACUAGAGCAGAAGAAUAAUGAACUUCAAGUUGCACAUACUUUUCUUCAGGAUAAGGAAUCAGAAUUGGUGGAGGCUAAACUAGAAAUCCAGCAUCUGAAAUCCGAGCAAACUUCUCUUAAGUUAAUGUUGGAAGAGAAAGAUCUCGAACUCUCCUAUGUAAGGAAUAAGUUUGAAGAACUAAACCAGGAGGUUUUUGAGUUAAAGACGCUCAUGAGCAGUAGAGGAGACCAACUUAUUCAAGCAACCAAUAUGCUAAAAGAGAAAGAAGAACGAGUUGAGAUAAUGCAAGAAGAGUUAACUGAUACAAAACUGAAAGUUACUGAAGCUGAAACCAUAGUAGAACGAAUUGCGGAUCUCACGAGUGAACUGGUAAUCUCCAUUAGGGAGGAAGCUCACAAUGUACCGCAACUAGAUGACAAAAUGGGCGUUGAAUUGAUGCCACAGUUGUUGGAUAAACCUCGUGAUGAUUUCAAGUCUCAGAAUAAAAAGCUUGAUACUGAGCUCAGGUUAACCAGAGAAAACUUGAGAAUCAAGGAAAUGGAAAUUCUUUCUGCCCAUAGAGCUCUGGCAAUCAAAGACGAGGAGCUCAAAACAGUGAAGGAGAGAUUGGAAGGUAAAGAACAGGAGGUAAAGAGGUUGAAAGAAGGAAUGCUGGAGGAUGCAAGUGAUUUAAAGAAGCUUUAUGCAUUGGCACAAGAGAGAAUCGGGGAGAAAACAAUCGGUGACCUCGCCAUAGAGAAGCUUCAACUGGAGGCUGCUCAGCUGGAAGUUGAAGCUGCAACUAGUGCCCUCCAGAAACUUUCAGAAAUGAGCCGGGAGCUUUUGAUUAAGGCUAGCAUGAGUAUGGAGGUUGAUAGAUUGAGCAUGUUUGAUAACAAUGAUUGUUUCAUUGAGGUCAAAACGGAAGUAGCUAGGCUUUCGUCCUUGACAGAGCGGCUGGUGAAAGAUGCAGGACUUGUUACAAAUGUGGAGUAGAAGAGGUAAAAUUCUGAAGGCUGAAAACAUGAUGCUGGAUAUAGAUAAGACUUGAUUGUUUUUUUAACUGUAGGGAUAAAAUACCUAAUUUACUUUA